AUGUAUUUCCAACGGUCCCUGAGAAGUUUGUGCUUCAUCGUGAUUAUAUCUUCAGUGGCAGUUUUCGUCGUCGGUGAAAUUAAAUGUAAUGUUUGCCAAGACAAUAAUGUCAAGUGUGUGAAUGAGACCCACUUCAGCUUAUGCAUGGAUAGUGUUGCCCCAGACCAAGUGAUGCAGUGUCCCGAUGACCAGGUCUGCACCAGUCUCCUCAAGUUCUGCAUGCCCCGAGGAUCGGUAGCCCCUUCCUGCACUUCGGAUGCCGACGUAACGUGCCCCUCUUGCGAUGGAUCUUCUGUUUUCGUCUGUACUAGCCGCACUACCUUCCAAAUGUGCAACGGAGAUAAGCUUACCAGCCAAGUCACGAAGUGUAAGGAUAAUACUUUCUGUUCCAUAGGUCAGAAUCAAUUUUGUGUGGACCGCUGUGAAGCUCUUAACUCAAAGACCGGUUUUCAGUGCGACAGGGAGUCACCAUUAGAAGUAUAA